GUUGAUGUUACUCAUUUUCUCAUUUAUGUUUCAACCCACAAAUUCUAAAUCUUUUAACAAAGCUCAAAUUUUCUUGUAACGCUUAAUCAUAACACCACCCCGUAACAAGAAUGUGUAUCAUACUAGUUCAUCUUCCGGGACUAUAUCGAUCGGCCAGGGCCGGUCCCGUCCCCGUAUGUCGUGACCAAGUAGGUACCCACCUCAUAAAGGCUUAGUGUGAUUAUCGCCGCUGUCUGCCUAGAAUUGGGCCACGUAUUGCAGGUAGACUUAAACUAGACGUGAUCUAUCAAUGUCUUAAUAUGCACUUCUCAGUGUAGUCACUUCUUAUUGUAUUCUUUCGGAAUCAAGUACUACGUUACUCUCAGUUACCCUAUACACUUCCAUAUAAUGCCAAUUCCUACAGUGAAACUCUUCUCUCAACAGGAACAUGGCCACCUAUUACCGGUCAUCGCUGCUAUCCAUGCAGCUUGUAUUGUGCAUGACCAAACUACCGCCACGUUCCUCCCGCCGCUAAAGGGCUCAAAAAUUCAGAAGUUUUGGGAGGGCAUAGCAAGAGAGACUGAUUUGGGAACACGGUUUAUUUGCAUUUUGCUCAACGAGUCUGAGCCAGGCACCAAGGCCAAGGAGCUUGAGCUUGUAGGAGUUGUUACGCUAGGCAUGCCAUUCAGCGAGACUGGGUCUUUCCGUGGAUUCGUGGAGAAGCUUUUUGUCAGCCCUACUUAUCGAGGGAGAGGUGGAGCUAGAGCUCUGAUGUGCCACCUAGAAGCUGAAGCAUUGAAGAGAGGCAAGACAUUAAUGUUACUAGACACGGAAAUUGGGAGCCAAGCCGAGAAAGUAUAUCCGAAACUAGGGUAUACGGAGAUGGGCAGGAUCCCUAGAUACGGCAUCAGCCCCGUAGGAGGACUAAAAGACGAGGUCUUCUAUUAUAAACAUCUACAAUAAAAAAAGGAUAUACUUGGUUGAUGAAUUGCCCCUUUCUCGGGUACCUUAGGAACCUAACCUAGGUAAAUAUUGUCUCUUGACACUUGCCCAGGUUAGGCCAGUGCAUUUCGCGUCUACGGGAUUUUAAUCUUAGGUUAGGAUGAUCAAAGUUGGUUAGCAUUGAGUCGUCAAAACUACCUACCUACUAGGUUAGAUAGAAUCUAGAGACCCUCGCUAAAAGCAUAGACCGGGAUUCAUGAAGGAAAGUCCCUCAAUGCCGUUGAUGAUCACAAAGUUGGAUAGAAACUGGUGGUAGCUCAACCGUUACGACCCUCUAAUGUUAGCAUUGGAUUAAGCGAGGUCGUCUAAAUAACAUAGUACUCGUAUUAUCGCCAAGCUAGU